CAAGAUGUUUCCAUUAAUUGGAAAAACAAUCAUCUUUGAUAAUUUUCCUGAUCCUUCUGAUACAUGGGAAAUUACUGAAACAAUUGGCAAAGGAACUUACGGGAAAGUUUUUAAAGUAUUAAAUAAGAAAAAUGGCCAAAAAGCAGCAGUCAAAAUUCUGGAUCCUAUUCAUGAUAUUGAUGAAGAGAUUGAAGCAGAGUAUAACAUCUUAAAAGCACUGUCUGACCACCCUAAUGUGGUCAAAUUUUAUGGGAUUUACUUUAAGAAGGACAAAAUAAAUGGAGAUAAGCUGUGGUUGGUUCUUGAGCUGUGUAAUGGAGGAUCGGUGACUGAUCUUGUGAAAGGAUUUCUGAAGAGGGGUGAAAGAAUGAGCGAGCCUAUAAUUGCUUAUAUUUUACAUGAAGCACUAAUGGGACUUCAGCAUUUGCAUAGCAACAAAACUAUCCAUCGAGAUGUAAAAGGAAAUAACAUUCUGUUGACCACUGAAGGUGGAGUUAAACUAGUGGAUUUUGGUGUGUCUGCCCAGCUCACCAGCACCAGGCACCGUAGGAACACAUCUGUAGGAACACCAUUUUGGAUGGCUCCUGAGGUGAUUGCAUGUGAACAGCAAUUGGAUACCACUUAUGAUGCCAGAUGUGACACUUGGUCCCUGGGUAUCACAGCUAUUGAGCUGGGGGAUGGAGACCCUCCACUAGCUGACCUGCAUCCCAUGAGAGCACUCUUCAAAAUACCAAGGAAUCCACCCCCAAAACUAAGGCAACCUGAACUCUGGUCAGCAGAAUUCAAUGACUUCAUUAGCAAGUGCUUGACUAAAGAUUAUGAAAAGCGCCCAACAGUGUCAGAUCUUUUACAGCAUAAAUUUAUUACUCAAAUUGAGGGAAAAGAUGUGAUGCUACAGAAACAGCUGAUGGAAUUCAUUGACCUUCAUCAGUGCAUGGGAAGCACAGAGAAGGCCAGACACGAACGUAUUCACACCAAGAAAAGUAACAUCAACCAGUCUCUGAUUUCCAGUCUGAAGGAGGUAGAUGACUUAGCAACCCUAGAAGUUUUAGAUGAGAAUACAGUCUCAGAGCACCUUGAAAAGUGUUAUUCCAGAGAUCAGAUCUAUAUCUAUGUGGGAGACAUCCUCAUUGCUCUUAACCCUUUUCAGAGUCUGGAUCUUUAUUCCAGAGAGCAGUCCAAACUAUAUGUUGGAGCAAAGAGAACUGCCAAUCCUCCUCACAUUUUCGCCAUGGCUGACUUAGGAUAUCAGUCCAUGAUAACGUAUCAUUCAGAUCAGUGCAUUGUUAUUUCUGGGGAAAGUGGUGCUGGAAAGACUGAAAGUGCUCAUCUUUUAGUUCAGCAGCUGACAGUGCUUGGAAAGGCUAAUAAUAGAACCCUGCAAGAGAAGAUUUUACAAGUGAGCAAUCUGGUAGAAGCCUUUGGCAAUGCCUGCACUGUUAUAAAUGACAAUUCUAGCCGAUUUGGAAAAUACUUAGAAAUGAAAUUUACCUCUUCUGGAGCUGUGGUAGGAGCACAGAUUUCUGAAUAUCUUCUGGAAAAAUCUCGAGUUAUCCACCAAGCGAUUGGAGAGAAAAAUUUUCAUAUUUUUUACUACAUUUAUGCUGGUUUAGCAGAAAAGAAGAAGCUAGCUCAUUACAAAUUGCCUGAGAAUAAGCCUCCCAGGUAUCUACAAAAUGACCACCUCAGAACAGUACAGGACAUGAUGAAUAAUAGUUUCUAUAAAUCCCAGUAUGAAUUAAUUGAGCAGUGCUUCAAAGUCAUAGGUUUUACAAUGGAGCAACUCGGAAGUGUGUACAGUAUACUCGCUGCAAUCUUGAAUGUUGGAAACAUCGAGUUUUCUUCCGUGGCAUCUGAACAUCAGAUUGAUAAGAGCCACAUUUCCGAUCGUGCAGCUCUGGAGAACUCUGCUUCUCUGCUUUGCAUUCAGGCAGAUGAGCUACAAGACGCUCUUACCUCCCACUGUGUGGUCACUAGAGGAGAAACAAUUAUACGACCCAAUACUGUAGAAAGAGCUACCGAUGUCAGAGAUGCUAUGGCUAAAACUUUAUACGGACGUCUCUUCAGUUGGAUAGUCAAUUGCAUUAACAGCUUGUUAAAGCACAAUACAUUAUCGAGUGGGAAUGAUGAUGAGAUGAGCAUUGGCAUUCUUGAUAUAUUUGGCUUUGAAAAUUUCAAAAAAAAUUCCUUCGAGCAGCUGUGCAUUAACAUUGCAAAUGAACAAAUUCAGUAUUAUUUCAAUCAACACGUGUUCGCGUGGGAACAGAACGAAUACCUAAAUGAAGAUGUCGAUGCUAGAGUUAUUGAAUACGAAGACAACCGGCCCCUCUUAGAUAUGUUUCUGCAGAAGCCAAUGGGUUUACUCUCCCUGCUGGAUGAAGAAAGUAGAUUUCCCAAGGCCACCGACCAGACUCUUGUGGACAAAUUUGAAGGUAAUCUCAAAUCACAGUACUUCUGGAGACCCAAAAGAGUGGAACUUAGUUUUGGAAUUCACCAUUUUGCAGGAAAGGUCCUCUACAGUGCAAAUGGGUUCUUGGCUAAAAACAGAGACACUCUUCCAACUGAUAUCGUGCUCCUUUUGAGAUCAUCAGAAAACAGUAUAAUUCGGCAGCUGGUCAACCACCCUCUGACAAAAACAGGUAAUCUGCCACAUUCUAAAACUAGAAAUAUAAUAGAUUAUCAAAUGAGGACUUCAGAAAAAUCAGUCAACCUCACAAAGGGUGAAAUUGGAGAAGCCACACGCCACGCCAGAGAGACAACCAACAUGAAAACACAAACGGUUGCAUCAUAUUUUAGAUAUUCUUUGAUGGAUUUGUUAUCCAAAAUGGUGGUGGGCCAACCUCAUUUUGUCCGUUGCAUCAAACCAAAUAAUGAACGUCAGGCAAGAAAAUAUGACAAAGACAAAGUUCUACUACAGCUUCGCUACACAGGAAUUCUGGAGACAGCAAGAAUUCGAAGGCUAGGGUACUCACAUCGGAUACUUUUUGCGAAUUUUAUAAAGCGGUACUAUGUUCUCUGCUAUAAGUCAAGCGAAGAGCCCCCAGUGAGCCCUGACACCUGUGCUGCCAUCUUGGAAAAAGCUGGUCUUGAUAACUGGGCUCUUGGAAAAACAAAAGUGUUCCUUAAAUAUUAUCACGUGGAACAGUUAAAUCUUAUGCGAAAGGAAGCCAUUGACAAGCUUAUUUUGAUUCAAGCCUAUGUCAGAGCAUUCUUGGGUUCAAGAAGAUACCAAAAAAUGCAGGAGAAAAGGAAAGAAAGCGCUAUAAUAAUACAGUCAGCUGCAAGAGGACAUCUAGUCAGAAAACAAAGGAAAGAAAUUGUUAACAUGAAAAACACAGCAGGAACAACCAUUCAGACUCAUGAUCAGGAAUUUGAUUACAAGAAAAACUUUAAAAAUAAAAGGGAGUCUUUUGUGAAGAAACCAACAGAAAAUGCUAUCUGUACUAAUGGGACAGUCAUCCGAGCCCCAAAUAAUAAAGGCAGUUUAUCCGUAGUGAAGACUUCCACUUUCAAAGCAGAAGAGCAAGCCACUAAUGCCAUUGAGACUAACAACAGAGGGUGUGCAACUCAGAAAAAAAUGAAUAAUGUGUGUGAGGAAGAGACCAGGCAAGAACUGUAUCUCAUAGGGGACCCUUGGUCGGAAGUGAACCCCAAACGGACGUCUAUCAAAGACCUAGAAGAGAGCAGUAAGACAAGGAAAGCAGAGAAAGAGGACCCUGGGAUUCAGACUUACUAUCAGAGAUACACAGAGGAAAGGAAUUUUGAGGAGUCAAAAGCAGCGUACCUAGAAAGGAAAGGCCUAUCAGAAAGACCCCUCUCCCCAGGGCUUUGGUCAGCUGAGAAUGAGAAUUCUUAUAAAAAAUCUUUGGAACCUAGUCUUAGCCAGAGGUCAACUUAUCAAAAUGCCAAUAGCAAAGAAAAAGAAAAAAAGAUAUCUGUAGUUACCCAGAAUGCCCCAAUACACAGCCAAGGGAGAAGCCAUGUGAGGCAUGAGACAGUCAAAGAACAGCAAGAUGAACCCAGGGUGGAGGCCCAGGAAGAAGCUGCGAAAGCCGCAGUGUUCAUUCAGAGCAAGUACCGGGGUUACAGGACAAGACAACAGUUAAGAAAGGACAGACUGUCUCCUCCCUUCAAGGCUCAGAAGAUGGUUGCUAGACCUACAGAAGUGGCAAGAGACACUCAGAAUUUGUAUUCCUGUCCCACAAAACACGAGGAAACCUUUAAUAUCGAUAUGAAGGAUGACAAAGACUCAAAAGCAAUUUCAGAAAAAGAAGCACGUGAUUUGGCAAUUUUUUCAAAACAGAUAUCAAGGUUAUCUGAAGAAUAUUUCAUUCUGCAGAAAAAAUUGAAUGAAAUGAUUUUGUCACAGCAGCUGAAGCCACUUUGCCUGGCUGUCUAUCCCCAUAAGUCAAUUAACAGACGGGUCUCUUCUCAGCGCCACCUCUCAGGUAUCUCUAAAAGAGAAGAGCCAAAAAUAUUGAGAGCCCCAAGACGACCCCGGAAACCCAAAACUUUAAAUAACCCUGAAGACUCCACAUACUAUUAUCUACUACAUAAGUCAAUCCAAGAAGAAAAACGAAGACCAAGGAAAGACAGUCAGGGGAAAUUGUUAGAUUUGGAAGAUUUCUAUUAUAAGGAAUUUUUGCCUCGUCAUUCUGGAUCAAAGGAGUGGAACCCCAAUUUAAGGGAACGAAGACCACCGCAGGAACUCCAGAAACAAUGUUUGAAAGCUAAUGAAAGGUGCUGGGCAGCGGAGAGCCCGGAAGAGGAGGAGGAGAGCAAGCCCACAGACAGCCCCUACGACUACAGGAGACUCCUGCGCAAAACCUCUCAGCGUCGGCGUCUGAUGCAGCAGUUGUAGCCCAGCUACUGGGAAGCCCCCACUUCGCAGAGUGCUGCAGAGGCCAAAGCGGGGAACCCCCACCGGCCCCACUGGCACUGGCCCCACCAGGCACUGCAGCCACGGCCCUAAAUCUCCUCAGUGAUUGCCCAGGGCACUCGCCCCUUGAGUGCCAGGGCCCGCCUUCGGUGUUCCAAAGGAAGAACCAAGAGCCCUUGGGAAACUGAAUGCCAGGUCUGGGCGCCCUGCACCCUCCCUCUCACUGUGCUGCCGGCUGGGCAUCUUUGUCUCCCGUCUCCUAGUC